UCCCGCUGCUUCCGUUUCCUGGCCGGUUGCUCGUCCUGGGAGUUGUGACUGGGCGCUCGCGACCGUUGGGGGUUCGCCGAGUCUGCAGCAGCUGCUGGGAAGAAGCGCGCGGGCGAUGGUGCUGCUGGAGAGCGAGCAGUUCUUGACAGAGCUAACCAGGCUUUUUCAGAAAUGCAGGACCACAGGCAGUGUCUAUAUAACAUUAAAGAAAUAUGAUGGUCGGACAAGACCAAUCCCACGGAAGGGCCAUCUUGAGAGUUUUGAGCCUGUAGACAACAAAUGUCUUCUUAGAGCCACAGAUGGGAAGAAAAAAAUAAGCACAGUGGUGAGUUCAAGGGAAGUUAACAAAUUCCAGAUGGCAUAUUCAAAUUUGCUUAGAGCUAAUAUGGAUGGUUUAAAGAAGAAAGAUAAGAAAAGCAAAAACAAGAAAAGUAAAGCAACGCAAUGAUAUAAAAGAACAUUUCUCCAAAGAAUGGACCCAUUUUUUAGCCCACAUUUUUUCUUUAUGUAACCACUUAUCUUUUGACUUCAUUUCUGGCUAGUAACUGAACAAUAAGCAUCUUACGCAAACAGAGAGUGCUCAGGAUUGUGAUACGCAAAAAUAAAUAUCCCUAAUGCAUAUAUUUGCAGCACCUGAUUUAUUUUGUAUGUGCCUUUGUUUUAUUUCAAUAAGGAGAUUACUGGAAAAUGUUUAACUUGGGAAAUAAAAAAAUACUGUGGAGGUUACUCAGAAAAAUAAUUUUGAUGUAACAGUUUAUGUUUAGUGCAUGCAAGAGUUUUAUGAGUGGAAUUAAGGUUGAGGUCAACCAAGAACUUGUGUUACAACUGGAAAUAGAUUUUCAGUGCUCUGUGAAUCUUGGUUUCUAAGGAGCUUUUACUAUCCUUUUGCUUAACACAGUUUUUCAUAUUCAUAUUGAACUGAUAGGCACUUCUGUUGCUUUUGUUAAGCAUGGCACAAAGUAAGUGUCCUAUCAUGUUAAAAUAAUAUUACUUUAUGGUGGCAGGACAACUAACCAAACUAAUCUUAAGAAGCAAGUUUUAUUUUCCUGAAACAAUUCUGGAAUCAUCAGAUUAAAAUGGUUACAUACAGGUUUCAAUUGUUCCAACUGGUUUUGGAAGAGGAACAAAGAAUCCCGCUACAACAAACCUCAGAACUAAAAAUGAUAACGUUUGCUUAUCUAUUUGGUAAAAAUGACUGAAGUAACUUUGAACUACUAGUAUCUUGAUUCCUAAAUAUCUGUGCUGAAUGUACCACCUGUCAAAACAGUUUGAUUCUGUGGGAUCUGUGUGCAAA